GCCUAUGCAGCUAUCGGAGAGGGGAACAAGAAAAAACAAAGCACGUUUCUUGCCUUAGGUUUGUUUUAGUGCGAACGUUUUCAGUUUCAAAGUGGGUGUAACUGUUCACUCUGGAGGUAACUAUUGACAUUUACAGAUCACCUUUUCUUGUAUGAAAACUAUGAAUGAAGUAAGCUGGCCUUUGAAGACCUGACAUACGGAAAAUACAGAACUCAUACGAGACAGCAGACACCAGGGGAGGCUGUGUUCACGUAUCAGAGCCCAGCCUGGCGUCAUCAUGUCAGCCGAAGCGAACACGCACCCCCCACGUCUCGUGAAUCCUCCGCCCCCUGAAGUGACGGACCCCAACACUCCAGGCCGGAAGACCAACCAGCUGCAAUACAUGCACAACGUAGUGAUCAAAUCCCUGUGGAAGCACCAGUUUGCCUGGCCUUUCUACCAGCCUGUUGAUGCAGUGGCUCUGGGACUACCAGACUACCAUAAAAUUAUAACAUCUCCAAUGGAUUUGGGAACCAUCAAACAACGACUUGAGAACAGCUUCUACUGGAGCGCAAGUGACUGUAUGCAAGACUUCAACACCAUGUUCACAAACUGCUACAUCUACAACAAGCCCACUGACGACAUCGUGCUGAUGGCCCUCGCCGUGGAGAAGGUUUUCCUGCAGAAGGUUUCCCAGAUGCCUCAGGGAGAGGUGGAGAUUUCUCCACAGGUGGCCAAAGGGAAGGGCAAGAAAAGUAGCACUCCAGGUGGGGAGAAUGUGACUGCUGACACAUGUUCUACGGCUGCAUCGCCCACAUCUCAGCCCAGCCUCAGCUGCACCACCUCCCCCCCCGCAGCCCAACACCCUACACUCACCACAUUAAAAAAGAAGCACGUGAAGCGGAAAGGAGACUUCCCCUCGGAUUUCUCCUCCGCAGGCUUCACCAGUUUGAGUGAUUCAUCAGGAGGCAAGAGGAGACGAGAAAGCACAGAGCCCGGACAGGAAUUAAGUGAAGAGAAUAAUCAGCUCCAGUAUUGCAGCGACAUCCUGAAGGAAAUGCUGUCGAGGAGACAUGUUGCCCACGCCUGGCCUUUCUACAAGCCAGUGGACACUGAAGCUCUGCAGCUCCACGACUACCACCUGAUCAUCAAAUACCCCAUGGACCUCGGGACAGUGAAGAGCAAGAUGUCUGAAGGGCAGUACACGGACGCUCAAGGCUUCGCUGCAGACGUCCGGCUCAUUUUUUCCAACUGCUACAAAUACAACCCUCCAAAUCACGACGUGGUCAUCCAGGCCAGAAAACUUCAGAGUGUGUUUGAGAAGUGGUUUGCCAAGAUGCCAGAGGAGCCGGUGGAGAUGCCUUUACCAAAGAGCGCAGGUUUUGGUGAAAUCAGCACCAACAGCUCCUCCAACCUGGACUUAGAGGAGGAGCGGGCCACUCGACUUGCUGAGUUGCAAGAACAGGUGGGUGCAGAACAGCUCAAAGCUGUUCACGACCAGCUCUCUGCCCUCUCUGACGUCCCCGUGAUGAAACCAAAGAAGAAGAGAGAAAAGGACAAGAUGAAGAAGGAGGAGGAGGAGGACAGCAGGCAACACAAAGGCAGCCCGAAUCCCAUCUCCAGGGAGUGGACGGCGAUCAAAGAGUGGGACUCGGACGAUGAAAGUCUGCUGAUGACGUACGACGAGAAGCACCAGCUGAGCCUGGAUAUCAACCGGUUACCGGGCAUCAAGCUGGGAAACGUGGUGCGCAUCAUACAGACGCGAGAACCCACCAUGCGCGACACCAACCCCGACGAGAUCGAGAUCGACUUCGAGAUGCUGAAGCCGUCCACCCUGCGCGAGCUGCAGCGCUACGUCCAGUACUGUCUGCGCAAGAAGUUCAACAAGUUUCAGAAGAGAAGCAUGCGAGCAGUGCAGCAUCACGUCAGCAGCAGCAGCUCCUCAGAUUCAGACAGCAGCAGCUCUUCUGACUCCAGUUCAGAAAACAGCGACUCCUGACAGCUUCUAAUGUUUCUAUUUAUUUCUUCAAAUGAGAGUUCCUCAAUAGCAUUUUGUAUUUGUUCUAUGUUCUAAAAUGUGGAAAAUUAAACUUCCCAACACAG